UUUAUAUGUCAAAUCAAUACAUAAUCGUGCUCCAAUAUAUUAUUCAAUAUGUAUUUAAAAAUCUAGUUGGUGUUUCUUGUAGAAUUAUCUUUAAACUUUAUGUAUUAAUCGGUGUUCGUUCAAUUAAUGGUUAAAGACAUUUUUACAAAAUGAAUAAAAUUUUCGCAUUAACCAAUUUCCGACGUAUAGUGGAGUACAAUAGAUUUUUAUCCAUGAAAAUAACAGCCGAAGGAAAAGAUAUACCAAAAAAGAAGAAUUUUGAGAGUAGGAUAACUUUAAUCGGACAUGAUAACUCCGUUAGUAUUACAGAUCUAAAGAGCGCACAGAGUUUGUCUGUAAGACGAGAUUUAAAACUAGUUAAAAUACAAGAUAUUGACACAAAAACUAGACGUCCAGUUUAUAAGCUACUAACAAGUGCUCAAUAUCUCGAAGAGGAAAUUGUAAAAAGAAAAGAAAAGAAAAUUUCUAAAGAAAAUCAACUUAUAAAAGGACAAAAAUUGAUAACAUUAUCAAAUAGAAUAGCUGAAAAUGACCUCAUGACAAGUGUGAAGAAAAUGAUAAAACUAUUAGACAAGCAGUUUGAAGUAAAGGUUGUUGUGACUGGGUCAGAUAGUGAGGCUGCGGAAAGUCUGGAUAAAAUAUGUUCUGUGAUAGAAAAGAGCACAAAAUCAUCUGGAAAAGUGAUUCAAAAAAGGAACAAAGGAAACAGUUUGAGAUUUCAGUUAAUCCCAGUGAGAGAUAAAUCAUCUCAAGUAGGAAAUGAUGACUCGAGCAAUCAUUCUGAUAAUAAAGGUGAUGAAAAAGGCCCACUAUGACUAGUCUUAGUGUUUUUAAGCAUUUUAUUAGUAAAAUAUUUUAUAUACAACAAAUAUUUUUUAAAAUCAUCCAAACCAGAAAGUGUAAAAAGUGAAGUUAAAUCAUGCAAGGAAUGUUAAUUUAUUUUAAGUUGAAAUGAUGUUAUUUGUGUACUUAUUUGUAAUUAUGUAAAUAAAUUAUUUUAACACUA